AUGAGCAGAAAUUUUUCAACAACACGAGCAUCAAGCAACAGAAAAACAAUAAGCCAAAGAUACAACCCGAUCAAUGAAGAAACUGAUCCGAUUAGAUAUGAUUUUGAUCAAUAUAACAGAAUUACAUCUACGCAAAAUCAAGGAAAUAUUAGAACCAAACCAGUAAAACGUUUAGUUAAAAAUAAAGACACAUUCCGAAAACUAGUAAAAUACUUAGAUGCCAAAGAAAAGAAAAAGAAAGAUUCGUUUUUGGCAGAAAGACCGAAAUGGGGUUAUAAUUCCAACUAUACUUCUACAUCAAAAGGUAAAUCUGAACUAAAUAAUACAGAACAAAGUAUUACUUCCCAAAAUAUUUCUUCAAUAUCAAAUAAAAAGCAAAAUUCAAAGAAAAUUCAAAAGAGAUUCGAUACUCCAAAGUCUGUAGAGUCAAAUUAUAAUGCUGAAAUUAAAAAUAUUUCACCAAAUUUAAUAAAAGCUUCCCAAUCUCGUCAGAAAGCAAGAAAAAACAUCGAAAUGGCACAAAAGUCCAUGGAUUCUAUUGAAAGUAUCGAAUUAGAUAAUGAAACAGACUCUGAUUCUUUAAUUUAUCAAAAUAAUUUUCCUUCAACUACAGAAUCUAGCAUUGAUUACAAUCUUCCACAGAUACCUGAUGUUUCCUCUACAGAAAACUUUCAAGAAGCUAUUCUCAAGAGGCAAAAAAUCAACCAAAUUUUACUAGAUGACUUAGAAGAAAGCUCAUCCGAAGUUUUUCAGUCAGAAAAACAUUCUAAAAUCAAGCUUAGAAUAAGUUAUCCGAUAUCUUAUACAACUUCUAAUGCUUUGAGUGAUGAAAUUGAAAAAUUACAAGAAUUAGUUGAAAAAUUUAGGAUCAUUGUAGAAACAAUUGGUGGUAAGAGUAAUAUUAUAACUAAAGAUAUUGAUUCAUCACAUAAUUUACCAUCAGAAAAUAAAGUGGAAUACGUAGACAUUGAUGCAGAACCGGAUUCCAAUUUAUACAUACAAUAUGAUCAAAAUCAACCAGUUUCUCUUUCAAACAUCGAAGAAUCAAAUUCUUACUAUGAAGAAGAAGAGCAAAUUAAUGAAAAUAAUUCUGAAAAAUCCAAUGAAGAAGAAGACCAAGUUUACGAAAAUAAUUAUGAAAAAAGCAAUGAAGAAGAAAUGAAAAAUGAACAAAAUCAUUUAGAUAAUAAUAAUUAUGGUCAAUCAGAGCAUGAUUUUUAUGAAGAAGAAACAGAUAAUGAAGAAAAUGAAGAAGAAGAUUUGCAAUUUGAUCAAAAACUUCAAAAAGUUAUAAUUCCUUCAUCGAAUUUACCUGAAAUUAAACAAGAUUCAGAAGAAUUUUCAGAUUUUGAAGAAAGAAAUACAGCUUGGGAAUCAAGAUUUAAUAAUCCUAGUAGUGAAAACUUAGAUAUUGAAAGUUCAGGAGAUUCCAAUGUAAGCAAAGAACACGUUGAAAUUAAUAAAACAUCAAAUCAAACGAAAAUAUCAAAAUCAUCUCCUUCAAGAAAUAGUAUACAUUCUAAUAUUGGUACAGUAACAAUCAAUUCAGAUGCAAACAAUGAUGAAGAUCAGUCACCUGUUCGUAAAACUGCUCAAGAAUGGAAAAGAUAUUUUCUGGAUUCUGAUUCAGAUUCAGAAGACAAUGGAGAUGAUCCAAAUAUAGUAUUUGAUGUCAAUGUUAUUUCAAGUAAUGAUAACAUCACUAGUUCUGAGGACAUUUAA